UUUCCCGAAGUUGCGUGCAAUUAUGCCGAAUCUGGCCACGCUGUUGUAUAUAAUUAUCUGUAACCGUUACAACCUAGAAUUGCAAUCAAACUUUUAUUGCAAAUAUGAUCCAAACACUUAAAAUAUGCAAGAAAUAUACGAAAUAUAAAUUAUUUGAUGCAAAAGUGAUAUUACAAUGUCGAAAGAUAAACUGUCUCUUUUACUCGUCGUACGAUUCUGUACAUACGUGUAAAGAAAAGCCGCAAAAUCUUUACCGGCAUUUAUACUCGAAAAUUUUAGCAUGCGGACCAAUUACUAUCGCUGAUUAUAUGAGAGAAGUUUUAACUCAUCCAAGUGCAGGUUAUUAUAUGAACAAAGAUGUUUUUGGAAAAACAGGUGAUUUUACAACAUCUCCAGAAAUCACACAAUUAUUUGGAGAAAUGGUAGCAGUUUGGAUAAUACAUGAAAAGAUAAGAAUUUCAAAAUCUCCUUUUCAAAUUAUAGAAUUAGGUCCAGGUAGAGGAACGUUAAUAAAAGAUAUACUACGGGUAUUUAAACAAUUACGUGUCCUAAAUGAUCUGUCUGUUCAUUUGGUGGAGAUCAGUCCUGCUCUUUCCUUAAUUCAAGCAAAAAAUUUAUGUAAAAUAAUUAAAGAGCAUAACAUUGAAACAAAUGAAUCUGAAUCAAAUUCCAUUACUUAUUAUAGAGAAGGAAUUACAGAAGAUAAUGUGAAGAUAUAUUGGUAUCAUGAUAUCAAAGAUGUACCUAAAGAAUUCAGCAUAUUUGUAGCACAUGAAUUCUUUGAUGCAUUACCUAUACAUAAGUUUCAGAAAACUGACAAAGGAUGGAACGAAGUUCUGGUAGAUAUAAUUGAAGGAAGCAAUGAAGAAAAGUUUCGUUUUGUGUUAUCAAAUAAACCAACCCCUGCCACACUUUACAUACCUCGUGACGAAAAACGGGAUCAUGUUGAAGUGAGCCCGCAAAGUUUACUGACAGUGGAGUAUAUAGCUCAAUAUUUAACGGAAUGGGGUGGAUUUGCUUUAAUUUGCGACUAUGGUCAUAAUGGCGAUAAAAGUGAUACUUUUCGUGCAUUUUUCCAACACAAAAUACAUGAUCCAUUAUUACAUCCAGGCACUGCAGAUUUGACGGCAGACGUCGAUUUCAAAGCUAUAACGGAAGUCGCAAAGAAAGAUAAUAAAUUAAUAACAUUUGGGCCAGUAACUCAAGCAAGUUUUUUAAAAAACCUUGGAAUUGAUGUAAGAUUACAAAUACUAUUAAAACGUGCUUCAGAAGAAGAAAGGAAACAUUUGGAAUCUGAAUAUCAAAUGAUAAUGGAUGAAGAUAAGAUGGGAAGACGUUUUAAAGUUUUGUCAUUAUUUCCAUCUAUUUUGAAAUGUUAUUUUGAGAAACUUCCAGUGUCAGGAUUUUCUAAUAAAUAG